UCCAGUCUCCAUCUCUCUCACAUGUCAAAUCACUUUCUCAAACGAAACAAACUCAGUCAAUUUAAUUCAAUUCUAAUCGCAAUUAUUUAAUUUAAUUAAUUGAUCAAAUUUCAUCCUCUCUUUUAAUUUCCAGUUUAUUAUUAUUAUUCUCAUCGCUUAGGGUUUCUCUCUCUACCAUUUUUAUUUUUCUCCACUUUCUCUCUCUAAAAUUUUCUUUUCUUUCUCGAGAAUCGAACGCCUCUAGGGUUUGGUGGCCAAUUGGAGCGACUUCUCGGACUUCGUGAAAGUGUUGAAUCGAGGACUUUGAUUAAAAAGGCUCGCGUACUCACUUUCUUGGAUUCAUUAAUUGGCUUCGAUUAUAUUUUUUCUGUUUGAUGUGGUUUUGCUGAAAAAGGAGUAAUGUGCUGAGUAAUGGCACUUAAGGUUUCAGCUCGUAAGGCAGCUGAAGUUGCUAUUGGGUCAAUCGGGCGUGGAUAUGAUGUAGCAAUAGAUCUGAGGUUGAAAUACUGUAAAGGGGAUUUGAGUGAUUCCUGUUUAAUUGAGAUUGAUCAAGAUGGAGGUCGUGAGAUUGUUUUGCCUGGUGGGAUAUCUAUUCCCAACGUGUCCAAAUCUAUAAAAUGUGAUAAAGGGGAGCGCACACGGUUUAGGUCCGAUGUUCUCUCUUUCCAGCAGAUGUCAGAGCAGUUCAAUCAGGAGCUAUCUUUAACUGGCAAAAUUCCUUCGGGUCUCUUUAAUGCUAUGUUCGAUUUCUCAAGUUGUUGGCAGAAAGAUGCAGCCAACACCAAGACUCUUGCUUUUGAUGGGGUGUUCAUCUCACUCUACACUGUUGCGUUGGAGAAAUCUCAGAUGGUGCUUCGAGAUCAUGUAAAGAAAGCUGUCCCAUCAGUGUGGGAACCUGCCGCACUAGCAAGGUUUAUUGAGAUGUUUGGCACCCAUAUUAUUGUUGGUGUGAAGAUGGGAGGGAAGGAUGUAAUAUAUGUAAAACAGCAACAUUCAUCACCUCUUCAACCUGCUGAUGUACAGAAACGAUUAAAAGAGAUUGCAGACAAGAGGUUUUUAGAUUCUAAUGGACAAUAUAGCAUACCCUCCGAACAACUUUACCCGAAUGACAAGUUUGAAAUCAGGGAGCAGCGGCUGAGGUUUGCUGAUACCAGUCCGUCGAGUUCUUAUUCACUUAAAGAGGAUACUGUAAGCAUUUGCAAGAGGAGAGGUGGAAAUGAUAACCGAAACUUGUCUCAUAAUGAAUGGUUACACACUGUUCAGUUUGAGCCUGAUGUGAUCUCGAUGUCCUUCAUCCCAAUUACCUCUUUGUUAAUUGGAGUCCCAGGGAGUGGCUUCUUAAGCCAUGCCAUAAAUCUCUACUUAAGAUAUAAGCCACCGAUCGAAGAACUCCACCAGUUUCUGGAAUUUCAGUUGCCAAGGCAGUGGGCACCUGUAUUCAGUGAGCUUCCCCUUGGUCCUCAACGAAAGCAACAAAGCACCUCAUCCUUAAGAUUCAGUCUCAUGGGACCCAAGCUUUUUGUGAACACUAAUCCGAUUGAUGUGGGUCAGAGACCUGUGACUGGCCUUCGUCUUUAUUUAGAAGGUAGAAGCAGCAAUCGCCUGGCCAUCCACAUGCAACAUCUCUCCUCUCUUCCGAAAGUCUUCCAACUCAUAGACGAUCCAAAUGGUGACUUUCGUUGGGAGAGCUAUGAUCGUAAUUACUAUGAGAAGGUUCAAUGGAAGAACUAUUCUCAUGUCUGCACUGCUCCUGUUGAGUCCGAUGAGGAUCUUGCCAUUGUAACCGGAGCACAGUUACAGGUCAAGCAUCACGGGUUCAAAAGUAUUCUCUUUUUACAACUCCGCUUCUCAACUGUUUUGGGAGCAACAGCGGUCAAGCAUCCAGAGUGGGACGGAUCACCAGGUUUGACACCCAAGUCGGGACUCAUAUCGACACUAAUCAGCCAUCACUUCACAACUGUACAGAAGCCACCUCCACGGCCAGCUGAUGUCAAUAUAAACUCUGCAGUCUACCCUGGCGGUCCUCCAGUGCCCGUCCAAGCCCCAAAGCUUUUAAAAUUUGUUGAUACAACAGAGAUGACAAGAGGGGCGCAGGAUACUCCUGGCUAUUGGGUCGUUUCUGGGGCAAGACUAGUUGUUGAGAAGGGCCGGAUCUCUCUGCGGGUUAAGUAUUCUUUGUUGACAGUAAUAAUACCAGAUGAAGAAGACUAGAAGAGCUGUAGCAGAUUUUUUGACCCGCUCACCUAUACAGAAGAAAAGAACGGUAACAAACACAAUCAAAAAAAGUGAUCGAAAGCAGUAUACAAUUGGUUGAUUGAUCGAUAAAACCUUGCUGUUGGAAAUCAAGAAUGCGAAGAAGCCCUUUGAAAAUUAAAUGUUGGAAGCGACUGACGGAUGAUGAUGGUGGUUGUAUGAUUUGUUUUCAUCACCAUCUUUCUCUUGUAAUUUAAUUUUGUAUUUUUGAUGUAGAUUCUUGAUGAUAGUGCUGUCUGCCUGCAGUUCGUCGGGGUUACAAACUUACAAAGGGUAUUUGACAUCGUGAAUCCUCAAGUUCGAUGCUUCUUGUGUAUUUUACUUGGUACCAAACACAGCCCAACUAGCUCACUCUCUUGCAUUGAAAUUAGAAA